AUGGAGAAGAUCAAAUGCGCUAUACUCGGAGUAACGAAGCCAGGAUACCAUACAGCGGAAGCUAUGAAUUACCGUAAGGUGGGAAGGAAAGUAGGAAACGAACAAAUCAUCGGCAAGUACACUCCUGACGCAUCGAAUGAUGGCGGACGCAUGCUCACAGAAAUAUUAACCAAAUUAGGAUUACGUGAAAGGACGAUUAUGGACCUGGAAAGGUUUUAUGGAUUGGUGCACAACCAGAUCGACUUCACUUGCUCUCCUCCAUCCCCAACCGUUCUCGGCUGCGAAGUCAUAAACAACUUUUUGUUCAUUUCUGAUCGUCGCCUGAUUCGAAUGCAAAUGAUUGUUCGUAAUAAUGUCGGUCGUACUUUAAUCCGGCCAUAUCGUUCUCCUCUAACCCGACUUUACCUAGACCGUGAGUUGUACAAAGUUCGACUCAGUCUCCUUCCUAAUCAGCCUUGUCCUCAAAAUGCACAGCAAGCCUACGAAAGUAUUCGAUCAUUUGUAGAGAAUGCCGCUGAUGGAUGCUGGUCCAUCCAAACAGGCCCUCCAAGAAUCAGUUUCAGAACCCAAACUCUCCUCUCCGAGCGGAUUACUCUCCGGAAUAACUCAUCUUCAGUUGGUCGCAUAGCAUACUCCAUCAUUUGCAAAGCAUCUAGAUUAGCCCUAUUGGAGGAUAUACGUCAGCGAAAAACAAUAAUUGUACAAAAAGCAACUGAAAGGGGCAGAAGUAUGAUUGAAGCGCAAAGAAAAGGGAUCCUUAGAAAUAGAAGACUUUUGAUAAAGGACUCAACAACCGGAGAGUUCUCACAACGGGCAACAGAAACCGCAGUAGUGUCAUAUUACAACAACUUUGUAGAUCAGCCAUCAACUUUCCUCUGA